AUCGCAGUUCCCACAUACACCUCGACUCAGAGGAGGUGAGAGUGUUCUAUUGAGCCCGAUCUUUACCUUUCCUUUACCUUUACCUUUUACCUUUCGCACUGCGGCGUUUUUUCUAAGAUUAGGAACGUUAAUAGUGAAUUUCUCUGCGGUUAGAUUAGGAAAAUCCCGCAAUAUGCGAUUUUGUUUGGAGACAAACAAGGUGAUGAUCGUUUAGCUGACAAUUUGCUGGAAGAAAAUGUGUUAGAUCGUUGUGGUGGUGAAUUGUCAUGAAAAAUGACAUCCCAGUUGUUGUUUCUUUUCUUUUCUUAAAACAAAGUGAGGAUGAAGAAGAGCUAUAGUGAUGAAUGAUAAAGAGAACAAGACAAAGGACAUAAGUAUGACUUCAGUAGUAAGGAGGAGAGUUUACAGCUUUGGCUUCGCGUGUAUGCUGGCAGCAUUGGGACAAGUUGGUGUGUAUUUAUUCAUGCUGGCAGUAUGUGUUCGACAAGAGUAUCAAGAUGUCCAAGUUGCCAGCGCGAGUGGAAUAAUGGCAGCCAUGACAGGAGUCUACGCUUUCUUGACAGGGCGUUUGAUGUUCCUCCUUUACGAGCGGCGGCACAGCGAGAUCACGUGUCUGGAGUGGGUGUGGUGGCUCUGCAGCAUCAUAGUCAUCGUCUUCAACUUCCUGCUGUGCGUGUGGUUCGGUCUCUUGUCUGACGUCCUUCCAACUGCUAUGUCUGCUGUGGCGGCUUCUCUGUAUCUGCUGUUCUUUAAGUUCGCCAAAGAUGACAUUAAGCAGAUGGGAGAGGACGAAGCGUCAAGGAAUGAUAGACAAGAAUAUAUUGAAUAAAGGACACCAAAGAUCUACCAAGACAUGAAAUACUUGAACAGACUACCUACAAACAGCGACCGACAUUUUAUUAAGAAAAGUUAGAUUCUCUCUCCGUCUGUAUGGCUAUAAAAGUAUAGAAACUAUGACUAUAUCUUGGUAGUGUAACUGAGCUGCUCCCAUGACAUACCAAUAGUAUUUAUUUUAUAAAUAGUUAUAGAGGUAUUUAAAACUUAUUUUUACUUUCAAGAUGGAUCUUAUGUUUUGUAUUCCUUUCUAGUGUAAUAUACAGCUAAUUUUUCAUGUUUGCAAUAUCCAUGAACAAGACUAAUAGUUAAUAUUUGCCAUGAAAGUCUUAAUGUAGAUCUCAAGUUGGUAACUUCAUUUUGCAUUUAUGUUUUGCUCUAUUAAAAUAUAAAACGAACU